AUGGCUCCUUCCUCUCUGUCUUGCUCUUCGCUUCCUUCUUCGCAAGCCUUCUCCCCUCCUUCCUCAAUCCUCAUCAUCGGCUCAGGGGUCUUUGGUCUCAGUACCGCCUUGGCCCUUUCCCGCCGAGAUGCAUUCUCCCAAUGCUCCAUAACUGUCGUCGAUAGAUCGGACCCGUCCCAGCCUGGCACGUUCCCUGCCCCUGACGCCGCCAGCACCGACACUAGCCGCAUCGUUAGGGCAGACUAUGCUGAUCCAGCUUACGCUGCCCUGGGUGACGAAUCCCAGAGGAAAUGGCGGAUGACGGACUCACCUGCCGAUCUCGGCGGUCAGGGUCGCUACAAUGAGACCGGUCUGAUUUUGGUUGCUGACGUUACGCCGCCUGCGCCGGUGGCGGACCUAGCAGCUGGUGAGGCGUUGAAGGAGCCCAAACUGACUGGCAUGGACUACGUUCAGCAGAGCUGGGCCAACGUCUUGUCUUUGUCUUCGAAAGACCCUACGCUCGCCUCUCGGAUUCGAGAGCUGCCCAAUCGAGAUGCCAUACGUGACUGUUUGGGAACGGCUGGCAGCUCUGGGUCAUGGGGGUAUAUCAACAACAACAGCGGCUGGGCUAACGCUGCCGCGUCGAUGGCAUGGCUUUUCAACAAGGCCCAAGAGACUGGGCGUGUGAGCUUUGUCGCCGGAACCGUUGUCUCGUUGGUGCAUGACGAGACCGCUGUUACCGGCGCCAAGCUCUCCGACGGCCGUGUCCUAUCGGCCGAGCUUGUGGUUGUCGCGGCGGGUGCAUGGACUGGGAGUUUGGUUGACCUUGCGGGCCAGACAAUGGCCACGGGACAAGUAAUGGGAUAUCUGGACCUCACCGAAGCGGAGCAGGAGAAGUUGGGCAAGAUGCCCAUCAUCCUAAAUCUCUCCAACGGGCUCUUCAUUAUUCCACCCACAAACCGAGUUCUCAAGAUCGCUCGGCACGCCUCAGGCUACGUCAACCCUACCACGCUUCACACGCCACCACUGCCACUGAGCCCGCAAUCGGCGGGCCCGAGCAUUUCGGCUCCGGCAUCUCUUCCACUAACCCACCUCGACCACCCGAACCUCUCCAUACCCGCUGAGGGUGCAGACGACCUCCGCCGCGCGCUCCAUGAGAUGAUACCCUGGCCUGAACUCAAAGACCGUCCGUUCACCAAGACACGCCUCUGCUGGUAUUCUGACACACCGACCGGCGAUUUUCUGAUCGACUAUCACCCAGGAUGGCGCGGCCUGUUCGUUGCCACAGGUGAUAGCGGGCACGCAUUCAAGUUCCUACCUGUCAUUGGGGAGAAGAUCGCCGACUGCAUCAUGCACAACUGCCCGCCGGAAUUCAGAGGCAAAUGGGCAUGGAGGAAGACAACUGGGUUGCCUGUGGCUACUGACGAUGGCACAAGAGGCGGCACAGCCCUCCUCGUUCUGGCUGACGAACUGGCCAAGACGGCAGAGGCGAUACGAAUACCUGCUCGCGAUUAA